AUGCCAGCAAGCCAGAUCGGCCGUCGUCACCAUUCUCUGCCCAGCGGGCAUGAGGCAGUGGAGGGUAUAUCGAGGACAGAGGGACGCAGUCGUGUUGAAUUGUCGCGACCACGAUCUAGAUCCACUACCAACGUCAACGUAUUCGACAGCGUCAGCCACGCGUCGCGACAUGGAUCGGGAUCGGGCAGCAUGAGGGAGCUUGAGGAGUUUUGCCGCACAACGGGGCCAGCGCCCAAACGUAACUCGUCGCCGGAGGCGAGGCGGUUGGGGUGGUCGAUACAGGGGCUCCGUAAACCCAAGAGGACAAGGUCGCAGCCCCCCGAUAUCGCCGUGCCCGAAACCACAGCAUGCGGGCACCGCUACAUUGCCAUAUCCACUCCUAUUCCGAAGCACCAUUACGGUCCCUGGUUUCAAUCCCAGUACCCCGUUUUCCCCCUCGGGCCUUCAGCCUGGGAUAUGGAACACCAGAAACGGCCCGAGACGACGUUAGCAACGGGGCCGGCGGGUGCCGAUGCUAGAGGGGCCUCCCUACAGACGCAAGCUGGAUACGGAGGCGACGGACCUGGCCAGCAACCCUGCCCGAGACCAUCAUCGAUGGCGGCACUCGAAGAAGGAAACGAACCACCCGGGCCGUCGGAGAGGACACUGCCGGAAUUGGGUUCAGUAUCUGAUGGGGCCACUGUUGUUCGAUUGGUAGACCACGGCUUUGCAGGUCAAGAUCGUGAUCCGAAACUAUUAGACGCAACAGAGACGCCGUUGCAGCGAUCGAAGAUGGUGCGGUGGGAAGACGAGGAUGAUCCGAACCGUCUGCAAUCGACGGCCCAGCCCCUUGAGACAUCACCAAGUCUUGAUUACCAGCGUCCGGAGGUCAUAGGGACACCAUCAACGUCGCUGGCAACUUCACUGCCCCACGAGCAGCAGUGGCCCCCUCUGGGGAGGAGCUCCCAUCACGGUCCGCCACGACCUUCCCGACUGUCGUCGAGGAAACCCUCCAACGUGAGCAUCCACUCGGACCACUCCACGUUGGCCGUACCUAGGGAGUAUGUGCUACCUGAGUCGCCUGGGUUUCCGAACAUGCUAGCGACCAUGACAUUCCCUGAGCCGCCGAAAAGCUCGAGAUCCCCUUCUUCGGUCAAUGACAUCGGCAUGCAUGCUUUUACUUCAGUUGCUGCGCACGCGGCACCUUCGGGUCAAGUUCACAUGCAGGAGCGACAAGUUCGGAGGAGUCCUAACACGCCUGAUAUGCCAGGACUUGCCAGCAAAACGAAGCCUGCCAGGGGGCUUGUUUUCCCAUUCGAACUGGGUCAAACCGUACCGCCCAGAUGCGCAGUCGCAGACAAACAACCGCGGCAGUUGGCUGUAGCAGCAGCAGCAGCGCCCUCCAUAGCGUUCACAUCAAAUGGCCAUGAAUACAUGGGCAUUCCCACGACCCCAACCGAACGGCACCAGAAGUCCGACACGACGAGGGGUUCGUCUCGCCAGUCGAACAAGAGUGGGGUGGGAAGCUUUUGUGCCAUGGCUGUUGCCACGAGUGAGAGAACCGAGCAGCAAGGAAACGUUUCUAGGUCCGACACACGUACGUCUACAUCAACCAUCUCGCACCACGACCCGGAGCAUCGGUCCCAGGGCAUCGGUGUACAGCGCAUGGUCCGGAAGGCCAAGGUCCGGCACUACAAGAAGCGUGACCUUGAUGCAACUCGAUCUAGAGCCCUUGAUUCCCCGGUCCUAGGUCGAUUUCCAGGUGAUGCCCUCCGGGCACUGGUAUUAUCACAGCAAGAAUCGUCAGGUCUGACACAGGGCCCACGAAGGCCCUCGACUCGGAGCGUCGAUACAUCCGCAAACCAAACAGCCUUCCGUACUCACGGCCAGGCAAUCAAUGAGCCACUCUUCCCUGCUUCUACCCGUGAUCUGCAAAUGACCACGGAGCCUGAGAAGCAACGGCGGACUUCGCCUGCGCAGUUGACGGUUUCCCCGAUAAUGGGCACUGGGAUACAACCGCAAUGCCCAGCUGUUGCUGCUAUGAUGCCGACAGAUGAGAUCACCAUGUCGCCAAUAAUGGUUGUUGCCAACGUCGCAUCAAGCAUCGGCUCAUCCACUGACGCAUGUACCCUUCGACGCCUUUCUCUGGUGAGGCCAGAUACUCCGGCGGCUCCUACACCGCCUCCGAGAUCAGCAAACAGGCCAAAACCGCUCAAGAUCACGAUCAGUCGGAAUCCGUCGACCGGGGCUAUCGAGCGUACAACAUCCGCCGACUAUCGACUCAAUCGUCAUAGUCUUAUCGUUAUGCCAACAUCGCCGCUAUCACCUGGAGUGCUCCAGUCGCCGAGGCGCAUGUCGUUCCCACCGAAGCAUAACUCUCAUGCCCAGUUGCGUGAGUUGUCGAAGCCGGCGUUAGAACCUCGGCGGCAGGACUGGCACGAGCAGGAGAACAGAUGGCGAAACGCAGCAUUGAAGGAGCGGGUCAUUCGAGAGAAGCUUGAGAAAGAGAAAGAGAUUUCUGAUAUUGUUACGAAGACAGUUGGUUUGCCUCCGAAGCAGGCGGGGUGCGACGAGGAGCCGGCCACGCAAUACCAGGAACAGCAUACGGCGGAAAAGACAGAGCGGCAGUUGAAGAGGCUGGAGAAAAUCAACGGUGCAUGGUUGCAAGCGAUGAAGCCCUUGUUGGAGAAGAUGGGCAGGACUCUGGACGACAUGCGUGCAGACGGCACACGGAGCGGUCUGACGAUGAGCGAUUUCAUCGUUGACAUGCAAGCUGAGGCCAGGCGGUUCUCCUGCUACAGUCAGCAGGUGGCCCCAGGAGACGCCGCUCAAGAAUUGUCACUCGAGGACUCAGACAGUGGGGGCAGACCUCUGCGGCCGCCUAUACUGGUAGCAAGUGAAGACCGUACGCCGCAUGAACGAGAGGCUGAGGCUCGAGCGGCUGUCAAGCGACGCAUGCGGCAACAGGAGGCUAUGAUGGAUAACCUGUUGGAGCGGUGGGGUUUGCCAUCUCCCCGGGCGAAGAAUUGCAUCCAGGACGAGCGACCCAUGCUAGCAAUGGGGUUCAUAUGGAUGCCGGAUCGAGCCCAUUAUACCCGCUGA